AUGGCGGAUACGGUGUUGAGCAUGGCCAGGUCCAUGGUGGGCGGCGCCCUGAGCAAGGCAGCCUCUGCCGCCACGGACGAGAUGAGCCUUCUCAUGGGCGUGCGCAAGGAUAUCUGGUUCAUCAAAGACGAGCUAGAGACUAUGCAGGCAUUCCUGGUGGCUGCUGCAGCAAUGAAGGAGAAAGACCUGCUACUCAAGGUGUGGGCGAAGCAAGUGAGGGACCUGUCCUACAAUAUUGAAGAUUGCCUUGGUGAAUUCAUGGUGCACGUGGCAAGUCAAAGCUUGUCACGGCAGCUGAUGAAGCUCAAAGAUCGCCAUCGAAUCGCCGUGCAGAUCCGUGAUCUCAAAUCAAGAGUAGAAGAAGUAAGCAACAGGAACACACGGUACAACCUGAUUGACAAGAACCAAAUCCUCACUAGAGCCAUUGAAGAGAGAGAUUCUUGCAUGGAAGAUAUUCGCAACCAAUCAGGUAGCAACAUCGAUGAAUCUGAACUUGUGGGGUUUUCCGAGCCGAAAAAAGAGUUGGUAGAGCUUCUAGAUGUCCACGCUAGAAAUGGCCCUGCUCAGGUAGUAUGUGUUGUAGGUAUGGGUGGUUUGGGUAAGACUACUCUUACAAGGAAGGUUUAUGGAAGUAUGGAAAACUUUUCAUGUUGUGCUUGGAUCACUGUCUCGCAGUCAUUUGUCAGGAUGGAUCUUCUCAAAGACAUGAUAAAGCAACUUCUUGGGGAUCACGCAUUGAAGAAGCAACUUGAAGCAAAUGUUGUGCGAGAACAUAGCCUCGCUGAAUAUCUCAGAAACGAGCUACUUGAGAAGAGGUACUUUAUUGUUCUUGAUGAUUUAUGGAACUCAAAUGAUUGGAAAUGGAUCGAAAGUUCUGUUUUUCCUAGUCAUAACAAUAAAGGUAGCCGUAUAGUGGUAACAACACGAGAUAAUGGUUUAGCUAAGGAGUGUACUUUGGAAUCUUCUGGACCACUUAUCUACCACCUUCAACCCCUAGAAACAAAUUACGCCAUAAAGUUGCUGCUAAAGAAGACCGGGAAAAGUGAGGAAAACAUGAAAAAUUAUCAGAUGAAGGAAAUAGUUACUAAGAUAGUAAAAAAAUCUGGGUGUUUACCCCUAGCUAUACUCACAAUUGGAGGCAUGCUUGCCACCAGGGUGGUUAGUGAGUGGCAAAGUAUUUAUGACCAGAUCCCCUUGGAGCUAGAGAGUAAUGAAAACCUUGUAGCAAUGAGGAGGAUGGUUACUCUUAGCUACCUCCACUUGCCUUCUCAUCUCAAGUCAUGCUUUCUGUACUUAAGCAUUUUCCCUGAGGAUUCUGAAAUCAAAAGGAGACGUCUGGUAGAAAGAUGGAUAGCCGAGGGGUUUGUUAUUGCAAGGGAUGGAGUUAGGGCUGAGGAUGUUGGGAAUAGUUACUUUAAGGACCUAAUCAACCGAAGCAUGAUCCAACCAUCAAAAGUGAGUGUAGAAGGGACUAUAAAGACAUGUCAAGUUCAUGAUAUCGUUCGCGAUGUCAUGAUCUGGAUUGCUAGAGAAGAAAAUUUUGCAUGCUCCGCAUGGGAUAAUGCAACUGGCAUAGUAGAGGAUAACUUCCGUCAUGUAGCAUUCCAAGGCAAUUGGUGCCCAGAUAAAGGCUUGGAUUGGAACCAUGUCCGAUCAUUGACUGUGUUUGGUGAGAGAUCCAUGAAGCUAACACCUUCAGUUUGUUCGUCAGAAUUCAAGAUGCUUAGAGUCCUGGAUUUGUGUGAUGCCAAGUUCAUGAUCACACAAAAAGAUAUCAAUUCCAUAGGAGUGUUGCGCCAUUUGAAAUAUGUCAGCAUCCAGCCUAAUGAACAAUCAUUUGUUUAUAGACUCCCAGGAUCCAUUGGGAAGCUACAAGGGCUGCAAACUUUGGACGUAGGAACGAGUUUUGUGGCAUCACUACCAGUUGAGAUAACUAAACUGGCAAGCCUUCGUAGCCUCCGUUGUAUCAAUGCAAGCAUAGACAAUAAUUUGUACACAUAUUACCCUUUGGUGUGGUUAGCCUCCACAUUUUGUCUUCCUAUUAUGUAUACUCCUUUAGUCGAUCCUGUUUUUCGUCCAAUGAUUAUGAUGAUUGUACACAUGUCCUGGACUGGCCGUCUGUCAAACUCUGCAGGUGUGAGAGUGCCCAAAGGGAUCAGCAAUCUAAAGGAGUUAGAGAUACUAGAAAUUGUGGAUAUUGAGCGAACUAGUAGGAAAGCAGUUAAAGAGCUCGGGGAGCUUGUAAAGCUAAGAAAGUUAAGUGUGACACUAGGGGCAAGUCAGCAAAAGAGCAAGAUAGUAUGUGCAUCCAUUGAAAAGCUCACUUCCCUCCGCUCUCUUAAUAUUCGUGUGGAUGAUUAUUCUUGGAGAAGCCGUGCGUCCCUCAAGUGCUUGCAUUCAAUUUCCUCUGCCCCCCCUCUCCUGAGGACCCUGAAGUUGGUUGGUGUUCUUGGGGAGAUUCCUGGCUGGGUUGGCGAUCUGGUACACUUGGUAAAGAUUGUGUUAAGGCGUACCAAUCCGAUCGAAGGAGAUAAAAACCUAAACAUACUAGGGGCACUGCCCAAGCUCAUGCACCUUCAUCUUAGUGAGGAAGCUUAUGUUGGAGAGAAACUUGUUUUCAGAACGGAAACAUUCACAAAUCUCCUGGAACUUGUUAUAUCCUUCCUGCCGAAACUGGACGAGUUGAUAUUUAAGGUGGGCACCUCGCCCCACUUGGAAAAGAUUAAAAUCAUUUAUUGCGCUGCUAAAGUGGCGAGACUUGGUGCGCUGCAACGUGAAGUGGACACACACCCGAACCAUCCUAUUCUGCGGCUCAAGUAUGACUGGACCGACCAUGACCUGGAUGCUGUCGUCCUCCAAGGAUCCACUACUGCGGUACAAGCAGAAGAAGCAACAGUGGGGGAGAGCUCACACCCGCAGGUGCCGACGGGGAGCGAUAGAAAUCAUGAUAUGUACGAGGAGCUGGAGUAA